UUCACUCCUAGGCAACGGCGGAAGUGGAAGGGCCGCGGCCUGCCUCGGAGGGAGACCGGACGGGACCGGGAGGCGCCUCCGCCGCCGUUGCUACCGCCCAGCGCAGCCCCGCCGAGCCGCCAUGAGUGAGCAGCAGCUGGAUUGUGCCUUGGAUUUGAUGAGGCGUCUGCCUCCCCAGCAGAUAGAGAAGAAUCUCAGUGACCUCAUUGACUUGGUCCCAAGCCUCUGUGAAGAUCUCCUCUCCUCUGUUGAUCAGCCCCUGAAGAUUGCACGAGACAAGGUCGUAGGCAAAGACUAUCUAUUGUGUGACUACAACAGAGAUGGAGACUCCUACAGGUCACCGUGGAGCAACAAGUACGACCCUCCCCUGGAAGACGGUGCCAUGCCAUCCGCUCGCCUGCGCAAGCUGGAGGUGGAAGCCAACAAUGCCUUUGACCAGUACAGAGACUUGUAUUUUGAAGGUGGAGUCUCCUCUGUCUACCUCUGGGAUCUGGAUCAUGGUUUUGCUGGGGUGAUCCUCAUUAAGAAAGCUGGAGAUGGAUCAAAGAAGAUUAAGGGCUGCUGGGAUUCCAUCCACGUGGUGGAGGUUCAGGAGAAGUCCAGUGGUCGUACUGCCCAUUACAAGCUGACCUCCACAGUGAUGCUCUGGCUGCAGACUAACAAAACUGGUUCUGGUACCAUGAACCUUGGAGGGAGCCUUACCAGACAGGUGGAGAGAGAUGAGACUGUGAGCGACUCCUCUCCACACAUAGCCAACAUCGGACGCUUGGUAGAGGACAUGGAAAACAAAAUCAGAAGUACGCUGAACGAGAUCUAUUUUGGCAAGACAAAGGACAUCGUUAAUGGGCUGAGGUCUGUGCAGACUUUUGCAGACAAAUCAAAACAGGAAGCUCUCAAAAACGACCUGGUGGAGGCUUUGAAGAGAAAGCAGCAAAGUUAAACGACUCCUCCUGCUAACCAGACAUCGCCAUGCACUCGUUAGACUCCUUCCAUAGCAAACUCAGCCCCCUCCCCACCCCCUCCCCCCCCGGUGGCCCUUUUCUGUUCCAUCACCUCCCACUCUGCAUUCAGUGCCCCCCACCCCGAUGCCAUCCUCUCCCCACGAAUAAAGCUGUACAAACUUUUUCAGUCUCUGAGGCCUACGUUUCUGGAGAAGUCCAUGGAU